GUGCUGACAGCCUGCAAAGCAAAGUGCAAAGAGUCAAAGUUGCUGGACUUCGAGACACCGCAGAGGAUUGGUCUCAUUUCAGAUCUCUGGACCCCGGAGAAUGACAUGCUCACAGCUGCGAUGAAGCUGAAGAGACCGUUGAUUGCGGAGAAGCACAAGGAGGAGAUUCAAAAGCUCUAUGCCUGA